CCAGCCCGUGAGCAGCUCUCCUUUGAAAAAUCAUGUAAUGGAAACAGAACGUCUCUCUCAACAUCUGCUAUACCACACUGCACAAUCACCUCUAUACUGCUCACGCCACAAAUUACUCCCUCACAGUAAUGAACCAUACUCAAUCCAGCAACCGGUCUGCGGACAAGAAGAGGAGGUGGUCCGGUCCAGCCACAAUCCAAUUAUUAGACCAUGACAUCCUCUGCAUAAUCUUCUCCUUCCUCGAUUUCUUCGACCUUGUUCGCUGUUCUGCUGUUUGCACAUCGUGGAAUGUAUUGAUCAAACGAUCAAAGUUGCUGCAAUCACUUUAUCUGAAGCAGAAGAAGAAGAAGGAGGGUGAUAGUAAUCUGGAGGAGUCAUUAAGUGUGUAUUUAGAGGUGUUAGCUAUGAAGCAUCAUAGACAAGCUCUAAGUGAACCUUCUUCUGUUUAUAUUGACAAAUGGAAAGCCCAUUCACUUGGGGUUGAUCAAUGCCGUAUGAAGAUGGGCUUGCUUCUCACUGGUGUAGGUGACAAGGCCAUGCGUCUCUGGUCAUUGGAAAGCUACAAAUGUAUAGAAGAAUAUUCAAUCCCAAAUGCAUGUUCCUUAGUUGACUUUGAUUUCGAUGAAAGCAAGAUUGUUGGUUUGAUUGGCACACAAGUAUGCUUAUGGAGGCGCAAUGGGCCAAUGAGUACAUUUCCUCCACGUGGAGGCACAUAUAUGAAGGGUUUAUGCAUGCGCUAUCUUGAUCCCGAAGCUGUGGUUGGAUGCGAGGAUGGGACAGCUCGUAUUUUUGACUUGUACAGUAAGAAGUGUUCUAAAAUCAUUAGGAUGCAUCCUGAGCCUGUGACGUGCUUGUCUUUGGGUGAUGAGCAGAUAAUUCUUGGUGGUUCCUCAUUAGGAAGGAUCACGGUAUCUGAUUAUUCUUCUGAUCAGUGUAUAGCUACACUGAAACCCACUGAUUCUACAGGCAUCAAGACUUUGUGUUUCAACCCUCGUUCCCAUAUGGUGUUUUCUGGAACAGCCGCUGGAUAUACAUCUUGUUGGGACCUUAGGAUGAUGAGACGAGUGUGGGAGACACGAGUGAGUCCAAAUGUUGUGUAUUCCUUGCAGCACCUGAGUAAUGACAAAUCAUCAUUGGUAGUUGGUGGAAUAGAUGGCGUGCUGCGGAUUCUGGAUCAGAACUCUGGAAUUAUUCUCUCAAGCUAUGUUAUAGACCAUGAUGCCGGAUCGAGCUCCUCUGGAUAUUCACACGGAACAAUUGAAAGGAGAAAAGGGAAAAGUCUACCCAGUGAGACCAUCAUCGACCAAAUUCCUAGAAGUUCUCGACCUUCCAUAACAUGCUUGGCUGUUGGGAUGAAGAAGGUGGUCACAACCCACAAUAGCAAGUACAUCAGAGUGUGGAAAUUUAAGAAGUGAGAAAAAUUUGUCAUCUCAAUAGACUAAUGAUAAUUUUGUAGAAUAAUAUGUGAUUUUCCGGUUGCUUUACAAGAAUGACUUUCUAGUUCCUUUGCAAGAAUUUCUGAUAAAUAUAAGCAAUGUUUUUUUCAAAA